AAAAAUCUGGAACGGAUAAAAUAAUUUGCUCGGCUUCCUCAGCUCCAAUGGCGGCGACGAUGAUCGGAAUUAACCUCUCCUGCUUCAAAUCAACAUCGUUCUUCUCACCGGACCUCAAUUCUCUCCAAUCAAAGCUCUCUCUCCUAUCUCUCAAACCCUCUCCAACACAGCCACGGAAAUCAACAGUCAUCCGUAUGGGCGGUGGUCCGAGAACUUUCCCCGGCGGUGUAUCAAAAUGGCAAUGGAAAAGGAUGCAAGCGAAGAAACAGAAACAGCUUCUCAAAGCAAGGUUAUGCAGAGAACGUCAGAUCUACGAGAUGCGAAAACGCGCCGAGCUAAAAGCGGCGGUGGCUGAGCUAGAACGACCAUGGGAACCGAUUCAUAAACCACCGAAUCUAUUCUCAGUUUGUGCUGAUGAGCAAGUUAAAGUACUCGCGGAUCGGUUUCAGAAACCUGGUGGAUUUGAUUUAUGGACUGAUAGAGAUGGUCCUCAAUUGUUUGAGAGUGUUGAUGAUUUGCCUUCUGCUAGGUUUUUUCCUAAAGGUGUUGUUCAUAGUGUUAAACCUUAUGGUAGAUUAUCAUCUAGCUCUGUUGUUGAUGAUGGUGAUGAGAGUGAGGUUAAAGAUGAAGAAAUUGGGAAGAAGUUACGUGGUCGUAGGGUGAGGAAGAGAGGUGAUGAUGGAGGUAAGAGGAGGACUGAAAAUCGUGGUAAUGGUGGGAGAUUGAGAAAUGGAGGGUCUUCUUCUUCUCAGGUGUAUGAUAUGACUUUGCAGAAUGAUGGGAGAUAUGAAAUUGGAUCUUAGGUAUGAGUUCUUCUUUGUUGUGUUUGGAUCAUUGAUGUCUCUGAACAUAAUGUGUAUGUAAUCUGGAAUAGUUUGAUUGUGAUUAUGCAAAGUUUUCAGUUUUAGGGAAGCAAGUCUCUGUGUUCAAGUAUAGGUUUUGGUUGAUGGAUUAUUGAUUGGUAUAAGCAUUGUCUAUAAACUGGUUAACCCACCAAAGUCCUUAAAGGCGUCAUGGAUUUAUUAGAGUAAGAAACACGUAAACCAUCAUUGGUGACAUCAAACUGCAUGUUAUCUUCCGAUGUCAAUACAUUUCCGGAUGAUGAAGCAGAAUAAGGCGAUGAUGAUAUACAUAAAUCCGAAUUCCUCUGUUCUGAAUCAUCUCUCCUCUGUUUUUUCUUAGUCCUACUUCCUUCACUUUCCUCUUCUUCUUCGCUCAAUGAGUUUAUGAUUUGUUUGACUUUGAUCAUGAGGGUUUGACGUUUCAGCCGAACGCAUUCACGGUUAUUGGAACGGUGAUCAUCAACAAUCUCCUCCACAGUUAAUCCCUUAUUUCUUGAUUCUGUAACAAGUUUCGUAAAUCCCCGAAUAGGAACGCUCCCGCUGCUACUUCCUCUUUUCCCCAUCUCAAAGUUUUUCAGAUUAGGGUUUCUCGGAAACAGGGGAAGGUGUGUUCUUAUUACAAAAUUGGGGAGGUGUAGCAGGCUAGCCGUGAGCAGCUGAAAUCCUAACUCUACUUGAAUGGCGCAGACAAAUUUAUGAAGCCUUAAUUGCUCACUCACUUGGGCCUUGGAUAUCAUAAUGGGCCUUUGAUUCAUAAUCAUCAUCUAAAGCACACUAUUUAUGGUUAUGGUUAUGG